GCUAGUAAAUAUAAUGAAAAAAAAGAAAAGAAUCUGAAAGAUUCAAACAUUCUCCCCACUAAAAAAGAUUCAACAGAAUCUCGUGAAUCUCUCUAACCUUAAUCCUCUAUAAACUCUAAUCUCUCUCUCUGUAUCUCCUUCAUUUCUCAAAAGCAAAGAUUAUCAAAUCCUCUCUUAUACGUUGCAAAAAUGGCGGGGAGUCUCUCUUGUUCCGCCUCUGAUUUGAUUCCUUUACUAUCAGGUGGAGCCAACGCUACCGCCGCAGCAGCAGCAGCUGAAUACAUCUGCGGGAGAUUCGAUACAGUCGCCGGGAAAUUCACAGACGCGGCUUACGCCAUCGACAACACUUACCUCCUCUUCUCUGCUUACCUCGUUUUCGCCAUGCAGCUAGGGUUCGCCAUGCUCUGUGCUGGAUCUGUCCGCGCUAAAAACACCAUGAACAUCAUGCUCACCAACGUCAUCGACGCUGCGGCCGGAGGUCUCUUCUAUUACCUCUUCGGUUUCGCGUUCGCCUAUGGAUCUCCUUCUAAUGGAUUCAUCGGGAAACAUUUCUUCGGGAUGAAUGAUUUCCCUAAACCUUCUUUUGAUUAUCCUUAUUUUCUUUAUCAAUGGACGUUCGCGAUCGCUGCUGCUGGGAUCACGAGUGGUUCCAUCGCGGAGAGGACGCAGUUCGUUGCGUAUUUGAUCUAUUCGUCGUUUCUUACGGGUCUUGUUUACCCUAUUGUCUCGCAUUGGUUCUGGUCUUCUGAUGGUUGGGCUUCUCCGGCUAGAUCUGAGAACCUUUUGUUUCAAUCAGGUGUGAUUGAUUUCGCUGGAUCUGGUGUUGUUCAUAUGGUUGGAGGUAUUGCCGGUUUAUGGGGAGCUUACAUCGAAGGACCACGGAUUGGUAGGUUUGGUCAUUCGGGUAAACCGGUUACGUUGCGUGGUCAUAGCGCCACGUUGGUUGUUUUAGGAACGUUUCUGUUAUGGUUUGGAUGGUAUGGUUUCAACCCUGGCUCGUUCGCUACUAUUUUUAAAUCUUAUGGUGGGUCUCCGGGGAACUCGUUUUACGGACAAUGGAGCGCUGUUGGUAGAACUGCCGUGACGACUACGUUAGCUGGUUGCUCCGCGGCGCUGACGACUCUGUUUGGGAAAAGACUCAUAGAUGGGUAUUGGAACGUGACCGAUGUUUGUAACGGUUUGUUAGGCGGAUUCGCGGCUAUAACUAGCGGGUGUUCGGUUGUGGAGCCGUGGGCCGCGCUUAUAUGCGGGUUUGUAGCGGCUUGGGUGCUUAUGGGAUUCAAUAAGCUAGCUGAUAAGCUUGAAUUCGACGAUCCGUUAGAAGCGGCUCAGCUUCACGGUGGUUGUGGUGCGUGGGGGAUUAUAUUCACCGGAUUAUUCGCGGAGAAAAGAUACGUUGCCGAGAUCUUUGGAGGUGAUCCGAACAGGCCUUACGGGUUGUUGAUGGGAGGAGGAGGUAGGUUGCUUGCGGCACACGUCGUUCAGAUUUUGGUGAUUACGGGUUGGGUUAGUUUAACGAUGGGAACUCUGUUUUUUAUUCUACAUAAACUGAAACUGUUGAGGAUACCGGCGGAGGAUGAGAUCGCCGGGGUGGAUCCGACGAGUCAUGGAGGGUUGGCGUAUAUGUACACAGAAGAUGAGAUCAAGAAUGGGAUCAUGGUUAAGAAGGAGGGUGAAGGACAACAAUUAGGUGUUUGAUUCUUGUUUGGUUUAGUAAUGUUUAUUUAGCUUUGUGUUUUUUCUUUUUC